AAUACCGUGGCCACUGGACGGGGGAAGGGAAGCUGAGAUUGGAGGGAGAAACAAUCAGAAACUGAGAUUUCAGAUAUUGAGAACAUAUGACAGCCCCUUCUAAGGACUCCAGCCGUACAAGAACUCUAUCCAUGACCCACAUCUUACUGGACACCUGGAGCUCUUACUUUGGUCUUGUGCUGCCAUUUCAUAUGAGGCUGAAGACAUAACACAGCUUCGGUGCAAGAAACCUAAUCUGCACCUGCACUAGUAGCUCUCAGUGCAUACUGGAUUUAUCUUGAGUGCCAAAGUAAUGAAGAGUCUGGGACAGGGAGAACCCAGCCCUGAAAAGCAAUGUCAUCAUCCAGCCUCUGUGCACCUCUGAUAGGGCUGAGGAGUGAACCCACCAGCCAAGCAGAUCUGUGGGGAAGAGGAAGGAGGAAACUUGUGUAUUGAUGGAUAUCCAUUUCCUCCCAUCAGCUCUUGUAGACGGAUACCUGCACAUCCCUCUCAUUCAAGGUUACAAUUCGGAGUAGCUAAUCCAACAAGGCUCCCAUCAACAACACACAAUCACCGCUAUCACACAGAAGAUGAUGUGCACAACGUGGAUUUCUGUUGCCACUGACAGUUUGUGAGAUCAUACUGAUGACUGUGGACGUUGAGUUCUCUGUGUGUAUGAGUAGAAAUCUAGAAAAGCUUAGAUACUUGCAGUCACUGCAAAGGUGCACGACAGAAACCAUGGUGGUCCUUGCAUCCGCUCCUCAGUGCAUCUCAAUCCAUGACUUCAGAAGUCUGUAGAGGCUACAAUCAGGAACACGCCCGCCAGCCAACACACUCGUAUGCAAUGGAAGAAGACAUUGAUGUCACAUCACAUACUGAGGGUCUGAAUGGUUUGUCCUGUGAAUGUAAACCAUUCGAGGAGAUCACCAAUGGACACUCCAAUCAUAAGCCUGUCAUGAAUGGACUGAUUAUUGGUCAUAAUGUCAAAGACCACACGAACGGUAGCGCACCACUCAGAUCCCUGCCGAUUUCAGCACUGAAGCAGAAUGGUCUACUGCAGACCCUGGCGGCUGGAGGGGACCAGCCUGAUCCCACAGAGGAAAAUGUGGAGUUGGAAAAGGCCAGAGAGGAGUGGGAGGCUCUGGAGAACGUUCAACCAGCUCUCACUGAGGACUCAAACCCAACCCCGCUCAUCUCCUUCAAUGAAGCCUUGCAGUACUUCCAGACAACUGACCUUGGGGACUUGCUUAAGAACAUCCAGCCAACCAUUCGCAGGACAGGUCUGGCUGCUAUCACUCACUUCCUCUUUGGACCUCCACGACUGCACCGGGAACUCCUGGAGGAGCGAGAUCUGGUCUUUGCCAUCGCACAAUGCCAUGUGGACAACAGCCAAACAGUCCAUAUGCGUGUCCUGCAGAGCAUUUAUAAGCGGCUGAUUGGCAGCAGGCUGGACUGUCCUCGCUACGGGCCACACUGGGAAAACAUCGGCUUUCAGGGUACAGACCCGGCCACUGACCUACGUGGCACCGGUUUCCUGGGACUGAUGCACACUCUUUACUUUGUGAUGGACCCAGAGACUCUGCCUCUGGCUCGAGACAUCUACAAAUUAUCACAGCACCCUACACAGAACUUUCCAUUUAGUGUGAUGUCAAUCAACAUGACCCGCAUUGCUCUACAAGUACUCAGAGAGGAGGCCUUGUCCAAGGAGUGCAAUCGACGUCAGCAGGUGGUUGGUGUACUGAAUGAGUUCUACGUUGCCACGUACCUGCACCUGUACCAACUGUGGAAGACCCAACAGAAGACCAUUGCUGACUCUGGCUUUGUACUAAAAGAAGUGGAGCUGUUUGCCAAAAAGAAUCCCAAGCAGAUGCUACGUCGACUAGAGGUCUUCCUGAAAGAGAGGCAGGCAGUUGGAAUCCCCCGCGGGACGUCGUCAGACCCUCAGGCCCAACAGCCUUCUCCCAGCCUGGGGGAGCGAGGGGCCAGAGCCACGGCGGGAAGCAAGGGAAAGGAGAUGCACUUCACAGGAGUGUGUGAUCUACCACCAGACAUGGAGGGAGAGGCCAGACUCAUCUAAGCUUGACUUUGUGUGAAUGUGCGUGUGUGUGAGCAAUCCUGCGUGUGGGUAUAUCUAUUAGUGUAAUUGCGAGUGGCUUACUCCGAGAGCUAAGAGAACCCCACCAGACCCUGAUCUAGGCCCUGCUAUCUGAACCUUUUUUCAAACACUUCCACUCUUUCCCUUGCUGCUGGGGUGUUGCACUUUGAUCAGAUUAUGCUUUGGGGGGGGGGUCUUUCAGAGUUAUAUUUGUUUUUUUAUUAAUUUAUUUUUUUUAAACAGAGAACAGUUGAAUAUAAAGAGCUUAAAAAGGUCAGAAACACAAUGUGUCACAAAAACAACAAGAAAGUGAAUAUUUGCACUUUUCUGUGGAUUUUAGCCAAAUUCUCGUGGUGAAACUCGACCUGCCUAGAAGUCCAAAACAAGGAUCUCUCAGUCAGGUUAUGUUGGCAGUACAGAGGCUGGGACAAGGCAACAAGUGGCCUUUUUGAAAGGCUUAGCUGUCUGUCCUACUCCCAAGAUCCCGCUCCAUCACAUGAGCAUGCUAACGGCCCGUAAUGCAACAGAGAGCAGCGUUGUUUGGCGUUUUGUUGCGUGCCCUGUUAACUAAACUAAGAUAAAGAUAUGUAUCAGGUUCAAGCCCUUCGAUAGAGCAAACACAAGCAAGUUUUCUCUCAGCAUGAGUCGGGGAGCGGCAGGUAGCUAACCCAGAGAGGUUGCAGAAGCUUUUGUGCAGGUAACAGAAACUGCAGGUUUACGCUGUUUUCAGAAACCCUAACCCUAACCCUAACCCUAACCCUAACAGUAGGCGUUGAAUGCAGCUUGCUUUGAAGGUCUAAUCACUUUGCAUUCUCUACCAGUGUGAAUGAGAUACACAUUAUAUGAAAGAUACACAAGAAAGAAUGCUCAGUCCAGAUGUGUGGUGGUGUACCCAGUUGUUGGUGUGCUCAUUGUGUCUGUUGCUAGAGGCGUGAUAGACUAGGUCCAGAGCUCCCACUUAAUAUGGGGGGAUAUAUUUUAAAUAAUUUAAGAAAAUAACUAUUCUUGUCCUUUCUGAAGGGACAGCUGUCGUAAUGUCACCAUUAUACAGUUCUACUUCAGAUUUUUUGUUAUGAAACUGAUGGCUGAGUGUCCGUGUGAAGGGUUUUUAACACUGUUAAAUUCCAGCAGGACAUCUGAAAGUCUUCUGACUAAAAUCUUGGUUGAAGCCAAGGAGACACUUCAUAACAGAGUCAGUGUGCUUGGCUUGGUCCCAGCUGAAGUCAAAGGUCUGGUAUGAGCUUUCUCUACAUUCCGUUACAAAGCAUGUGAUUGUAAUUUUUUUGACCAGUUUAAUAAAAGUUUAUUUGUGUGUAUGAGUGUGCGUGCGUGUGUGUGUGUGUGUGUGUGUGUGUGAAUGUGGUGUCAGAUGGAUGAGCUGAUAUUGAUGAAGGGUGCCUCUCCAAGGAGAUGUAUGGUACAGUAUGCAAUCCCAGCUCUUACUCAAUGAUAAUCAAAACGAUAGUGCUGUGUGACGAUAGAAAUCGUUCCUAACUUCAGGGUUUGUGUGCAAGCGUGUGUGUGUACGAUGUGUGUGUGUGUGUGUGUUGUAUGACAGGAACUGACUACAAAUGGGGUGCUUUCCUCUGCACACAAUAAGCCAGCUUUCCUAAGUACUCGCUCCAUCCAGCUGCAAAGACGGUACUUUUUUUUCAUUUUUGAAAAAUGGUACAUAGCAUUGCUGAAGAAAAAUUGUUAACACAUUCAUUGGUUUGCUUUAAAAGAACAAAAACAGAUGUUGUUCUCCGGACCCAGCUAGUCUCAGUGGCUCUGUGGCCGAGAAUGGAUCGAGCUGCUCUGCAAAGCUGGUCACUGCUGUGUGCUGACGUGAAACCUCCCCCCAUCAUCGUAGUCUCAAUCUGUAGCAUGUUCAGGUAGCACUAGUACUGUAGCAUACUAUAGCCUCCUCCUCUUCGUAAAAAGCUUGUUGAUGUCAUGUCUCAGUUACAGUCUGUAGUGUCAGUGAGUGCGCAAACUGUUACUACUAUAGCACAUUCAUUUCAUAUUUUCAUGAAGCCUCCUCCAGUAGACACUUGUUUAGGUGGCACAGUGUAUGUUCUGCAGAGAUGUGGGAUAGGCCUGACCUUGUCUUCUAAGAAGGUGACGGUAAAAAAAAAAAAACGGUGCCUACAUCCAGCGGAGCCGUGCGGGGUAGAAUGCUCGUCAGUCCUUUUUUUUCCCCUUU